AUGGCCUCUGAAUCGUCAAAGCCGCCAACCGCCGCGAAGAGACGGGCGAGGCUCCAGAAAUCGUGCACCGAGUGUCAAAGGCGGAAGCAGAAGUGUACCAUUGUCCAACUUGGACCAUGUCUCCCAAAGCCGGUGUACGAAACACAGGUCCUCACCUUUGACUUGUCCUCGCUUUCCACGAAAUCGGAGAAGCAGACAGAGGUGAUCUCACACGGUCCCUGUGUCACUUCGCUACCCGGUAUCGCGUCCCUGGACUUACCCGGUCGACUACCUGUUCGAAAUCGCUGCAGGGAGCAGCUAAGGUCGAGAUGCCUUGCGGCCCAUGAUCACGCACGCCAUGGAGGAGACUGCUGUAAGGACCAUCGAGAAGAUGAGAGGGCCAUGUUGAAGGGCAAGACUCGCGCCAACCUCUUUCUCGAUGGAGAUGGUGAUCCCCAUGCCUUCUUCCAUAACGGUAUCGCAUCGAUCGGUGGUAUCCUCACUGAAGUUACGACCCUUCACGGCAUGCCACUCCCGGAAGGGCCCAGAACGACGGAGCUUUUACACUUCUAUGUUCACUUUGUCGCACCCAACAUGGUGUCGAUUGAUGGCCAGAGUCAGCCACCCGUGUUCCUCAAGGAGGUCCUGCCUUGGAUGCUGCAAUCCCCUCUGUUUCCCAAUAUCGGCAUCCUCAUGUCCUCGAUGACCCAGUCGCUUGAGCGAGGGACAGAAGUGGCAAAGAGCCCCGAGUCGCUCGCCCUAAAGUCCUGGGUGCUGUCGAUGAUAGCGGACUACAUGCGGCGACCGUUCGACGCUAUCGCGGUUGAGAUGGUCCGGUGCAUUGUGAAUCUGGUCGUCAUGGAGUGGUUUUGGGGAGCCGACGAGAGCAUGUUUGCUCACAUGAGAGGCAUCAAGCGCAUGAUCAAACUCCGUAAAGGCAUGCGAGGGCUGAGAGAUAUAGUAGGCGAAUCAAUCAUAAUUCUGACUGAUUAUGAGAUUGCUUGUGCCUUUGAGACGGAUCUCUACUGGUUAGAGAACGACCCAGCGCGUGACGAAGAGAUACCUGUCCCGACGACCUGGCCAGACUGCUAUGACAGCCCCUUACUGGCGCCCGCACCGCGGUUCGAGAGCAUCGCAGAGAAGCUCGGCAUCUGCGGCGCGACGGCCAAGAUCCUGGACGACGUGCGGUUUCUCACGGAGUCCGCCACAUCGGCAUCGGCGAUGACUUCGGCGGCGAGCAAAUCAAAGAUUCGAUCAACCGCAUCAUGGCUGUACGACAAGCUGCGGGAACAAGGCACAGCAGCGGCAGCAGGAGCAACAUCAGCAGCCAGACCCACAGAAGUCGCCUCUUACUUCUCCGAAAAGGAACGGAUCCACGAAACCGUCAGGAUCGCCGCCGUAAUUUACAGCUGGUCCAUCAAGUCUCUGCGCCAGAUUUCGCGCUUCGACGACGCUGAUAUGCUCCAGGCGGCGUAUGCCAGCCUGACGAGCGUGAGCAUGACGACGUGGAAGGGGAUCCCGGGGAUCUUCCUCUGGGUGAUGCUGGUGGCGGUCCCGAACGCGGCGGCGGAUGCCAAGGGCAGAUUCGUGAGGAGGAAGAUGGCCGUAACUGGGCUAUCGAUUGGGUUCGAGGACUUCGCGCUGGGAAUAUCGUACCUCAAGGCGUUUUGGAGCGUGCAGCGGUGGAUCGCCAGGGAAGGGGCCGGCGAGGGCGAUGGCGAGGGCGGCGCCGGGGUGCAGAGGCUGGAGGAUAAGUGGUCUUUUGGGUCUUGGCCGGAGGUGUCGAUUUGCAGGUCCCGCAGAGACUCCAACGAGCAGCAAAAAAAACAGUGGUGUUAG